AUGAGUACCUCAGAGCUCCGAGAGCUCCUUUUCUUCAAGGAUGCCGAUACCUUGGCUUUCAUCGACCCCCCGUCCUACAAGCCAGCUUGGUCUCUACAUCCCAGCUGCGCCCAGUCGAUCGGCCACAGAAUCCACAGCUGGAAGCUCCUAGGAUCGGCAUCUCCAUUUUUGCAAGCGCAGUUCGAGCAGCGCACGCAGGAGCGAAACAUCAAGCGCCGAGGAGGUUUACCAGACGGCAUCAAGUACAUCAUUGACCUCACCCCGCCCUCGGUAGAAGACGAGGCCCUACUCACUAUAUCCGAGCUAAGCUGCCCACUCGGUAUAAGGACCUGGGCCUAUUCACAGUCGCGAUGGAUUCUACCGGAGGAUCUAGUAGGCGGUUCUGAGACUCAGGGUGACAUCAAAGAUCAGUCCGGCCGUCUUGCUGAGUACUCUCCUGAGAGGCACCGCGCGGGUAUUGUCCAGGUCCUAAGAGUAUUGGAGGGCCUCGAGCCGAAGCUCGACACGCCAUGCAAACUGUGGACGUUCUUUGCCGUAGCAAAGUUGUACGGGCUUGCAUCCAUGCCUGAAAUUAGCGUCCGUGUUAGGGAAUGGGUCUACGAGGGGAAUAACAGGCGCCUCAUUGAAAUUUAUCCGGAGAUCACUUAUCGAUUGGGGAAGGGUAUCCAGUGCGCCCACAUGAUGCGAGACUCUUAUUGCGUCCUAGUCGGGGAGGAGGCUCUGCGGCUUCUGCGCGAUUGUAGCACUCCGGCUCCCCGAAAGCGAAAGACUACAGUCCAUGGAAGACCGCUGGGUUCGUUGGAUGAUGACGACGAGCAACGGGUGCAAUACGCCGGCGAGUCGCUCCUAGGCUAUGUGAUAGAGCAAUUCGUCGAGCUAGCCGGGACCGAAAUGCGCUGGCUGCACCGGUCAGAGAUGUUUCAGAAUGUUCUUGCCUACAGCCCAAGGACACAGUACGCAUUGGAGACGAAGGAGAAUCUCAUAUCUUGCUUGAAAGACUUUGUGCGGACUUCUAUCAUCGUGGCGCUUUCUCAGAGAGCGAAGACCAGACUUCUCCAGAACGCUUCCCAGAGACCAAUGAGCUACCCAGCGACAGAUUUUCUGGACGUCUUUAACAGCCUGAGCUUGACGGAGCGUUUGAUGUCCAGGACCUUUUGGACACUUCUCAGUGACACACGACUUUCCGAGCGUGAUGGCAGUGCUGAUGUUGCAGUGCCUUGGGGCGCUUCCCUUGCUAGUCUCGGCGGCGAAUUUGGGGCUUUUCGUGGCCAGCACGACGCAAUUAUCAGGCGUAUCACUAAGCAGGAGUUGUAUAGCAGGGUCGCCGCAUUCAACCGCCUUUCCUUAAACACUAACCUUGGAUCUCAGCCUGAACGACACCAACACAGGUACUCUCGAAACGAAUACAAUGAGCUGACCUAUGGGCCAGACGGACACUUCUCUGUACCUCUCUUCCUUCAACAGGCCUAUUAUCACAGGCGUGCAUUUAUCAAAAGGAUAUUUCUGCAGGCCCGAGAUGAAAUGAAUUACGUUAUCGCGGACACCAUCACUAGUCUCACCGAGCAGCAGUAUCAGUUUCUCCCUCUAUGGGCUGACGGAUGUGAUGACGGCACUGGCGGCGUUUACGCCAACCAAGUACCGCUUGCUGAGGUAGAUGGGUUUUCUGCCCCGGGACCUUCUAUCCACACUGGCAGUGCUGCGCCGUCAGCUACGCCGUCAGCUACGCCGUCCGUCGCUUCGUUCCUCGAGAGCACAGUCCACGGCGCAUCUCACCAAGCCACAGAAGGAAUUUGUAGUGAAGUUCUGUCAGUCAGUUCAGAGCUCUCUUUGGGAACUGACGGGGCGAGUAUAGCCGGUUCUCCGGAUAUUCAGGCUGUUGAUCAUGAGCUGUCAUUUACGUUGGAGACGUCGGCGGACGACGUUGACGACGAUCCUUUUGAUACCGACACCAGCGACAACACAGUUGUUCUUGACCAUGGCGAUCUUAGCGAGCUUAGUGAAUUCGAAGAGCUGGAUAUGCAGGACGGCCCAGCGCCAAACCUUCCUAUUAGGCAGAAGAAAGCUUGA